AUGUUCCUCGUGCAGUACACAGGCUUAAACCAUCUGUCCUUUGAUCCUGCCAGCACCACCGAGUCCCUGCAGCUGGGCAGUGCUGCUGGCCUGCGGGUGUCGGACAGCCCAGCUGAGGAUGGAAGCGAUCCAGGAAAGAGGAAGAGAGCAAGUGUUCCUCCAGAUGGUGGCAGAAAUCUGAGCCUGGACUCCAUUCUGAUGGGAUUGCCAAUGUCCGACCCGACUGCUUGGGCCACCGCCAUGAACAACUUGGGGAUGGCUCCCAUGGGGAUGACAGGACAGCCCCUCCUGCCCGAUUUUGAUCCUGCUCUUGGGAUGAUGACUGGAAUCCCUCCGAUCAACCCCAUGAUGCCAGGCUUGGGGAUUGUCCCACCUCCCAUCCCUCCAGACAUGCCUGCUGUGAAGGAGAUCAUUCAUUGCAAGAGCUGCACUCUCUUCCCACCUAACCCACAUCUUCCCCCUCCAGCCACAAGAGAGAGGCCCCCGGGGUGCAAGACAGUGUUUGUUGGAGGCUUGCCGGAAAAUGGGACAGAACAGAUUAUCAUGGAGGUGUUUGAGCAGUGUGGGGAGGUCAUUGCUAUCCGGAAGAGCAAGAAGAACUUCUGCCAUAUCCGCUUUGCUGAGGAGUUCAUGGUGGACAAGGCACUUUAUCUCUCUGGCUAUCGCAUCAGGCUGGGCUCCAGCACUGACAAGAAGGAUACUGGGCGCCUGCAUGUGGAUUUUGCCCAGGCUCGGGAUGACCUGUACGAGUGGGAGUGCAAGCAGAGGAUGCUGGCGCGGGAGGAGCGCCACCGGAGGCGGUUGGCGGAGGAACGCUUUCGCCCGCCCUCCCCUCCACCUGUUGUCCACUACUCCGACCACGAGUGCAGUGUGGUCGCUGAGAAGCUGAAAGAUGACACAAAGUUCUCAGAAGCCAUCCAGACCUUGCUGACCUGGAUAGAGCGUGGGGAAGUGAACAGGAGGACUGCCAACAACUUCUACUCCAUGAUCCAGUCGGCCAACAGCCACAUCCGCAGGCUCAUCAAUGAGAAAGCAGCUCAUGAGAAAGAGAUGGAAGAAGCUAAAGAGAAGUUCAAACUGGCUCUCUCAGGGAUCCUGGUGCAGUUCGAGCAGAUAGUGGCCGUGUACCAUUCUGCCUCCAAACAAAAGGCUUGGGACCAUUUCACGAAAGCUCAGCGUAAGAACAUCAGCGUGUGGUGCAAACAAGCAGAGGUUG